UGUUUUGUUUUUACUGCGUUGACUCAUCCGACCGCUUGAUCUCACGCGACCCUUGUUAAGGCGCGUUGUAUCAACGCUGACCGUGACAUUAACAUCAAUUGGCGUCUGGCGCUCAAAAGCUACUUUUACAAACCCAACUGACAAGGGCGAAGACAGGCGUGCAGAGAUGCUGCUCAUUCUGGUGCCGUUGAUCUGUUGCGUCUCUGCAACAUCAGCUUGUCUUCAGUGUAAUGAAGAGGUCAGAAACCAGCAUGAGAACUACAUCCUGUUGGCCCCAUCACUCGAGGAGCAGCUGUCACUCAAGCAAAUUAUGGACGAGGUUUAUGGCCGGUAUGAAAAAACCAGCAUGAAAUGGAAUGGGGUCAUUGCUCGUGGGACUCUGUUUCGAGUUAGAGAGGAGUACAGAAAUGAGUUCAACAAAUUUCUGAAGAAACAGGGAGGAGGAUUCCAAGUAGGUCAGUUCAUCCAAGUCGUGGAGAGGGCCAACGAGAUCUUGAAUCAACACAUGAGGAACACGGAAUUGUGCUUCAACCAAUGUGGGAUACUGAGACGAAGAGUUAUGGACUGUGUCAAGUGUCGGUGGAUUGUCCAUGAGUGUCCAUCUCCAACUGGAAGUGUGGAUUGUGGUGUGACCCAGCUGAAGGCAAUGGAUGGGGAGUUUGCUAAAAUUGAUUGCAACCAGCCGUGGCACAACUUUGUGUUUGGGAGCCUUGUGUACGACUUCAGCUUUGCCCCUGGCACCACACGUGACUUCACACCAAUGAGAAGGCAGUCGAAGCCAUCUGUGGUUUUAAACAUGAUCAGUGUGAGGAACCAGGGAACGUACCGCUGCUCGCUCCAGAAUGAAAACCAAACCAUCUAUGAGGUGGAGAUCUACUUGGCAGUGACCCCUCGGCCACCCUCACGAAAACUCAUCCCCGUUCCUCCUGAAGUUCUGGAGCCAAAAACUGACUUUUUCCUGCUCCAAGUCAAUGUGAUGUACUGCAUUGUCAUUUCCUUCUCUUCAGCGAUGAACAUCUAUAUCAUGAAAUCUCUCUGGGUUGUUAUAUUCGAGAGGAGGAAAAGAAAUCGCUGGUUGUGAGAACGAAGAAAGAGUGAUGGCAGUCAGAAAAGGCACCUCGAUGAGGAAGGUUUUAUUCGACUUCAAGAUCACACGUCUGUCUCCUCGCAGCUAUUUAUGUAUGUUUUGGGCUUUCACAGUGAAAUUCGGGCCUUAUAUUGUAGUUCUAGUCAGCCUCUCUUCUGUAUGAUUGGAUUUUAUCAGAUUAGUAUGUCACACUCAGUUAAAACAUGAGUAAGUAAGUCUGCAACUGGAACUUAAAGUCCUAUUGUUCAAGGCACCAGGCAGCAUUAAUUCUGAUUUGAAGUUAAUGUGUGACCAAAAUGUAUGAAGAGAAGGUCCACACCUGUCUUGUUGCACCACACUGGCACAUGUUACAGUUGUGUAUGUGUCUCUAACACCAGUAGAAAGGUCUGAUUUCCCUCCACCUUCAAAGAUAUGUUUGGACACAUCCACCCGCCUCACUCACCUUUGUGCCCUGAGAACUCUUGCUUGCUUUCUUUCACUUCAAAGCUGCAAACAGGAGCGUUUCCUCCCACACUCAAAUGGAAUCAGAGGAGUGCCGUGGUUUCAGAAAUAAACAUUGAAAUAUAGCUGGACAUGUUUUAAUUGAAGUAAAUAACAUACAGGUGAAAGCUGGAUCUCUUUGCAGAAACAAGUGCAUACACACUGGGGCUCAACUACACCCUCGACUUGCAUAGAGAUUUUGCUGAGGGCGGAGAUGAUGUCUUGUGUUUAACGGAAUUCAGGACCUCGGGCAGCUCUAAAAAGACAAUUCCUCAGUGUUGGGGUUUUCUCCACCACUGAUACAGUGAAUCACACUUCACUACAUGUUGAGAAAUACAGCGGAUGUACAAUGGAGCUAAAGCACUAGGUAGAACCCAGCUAGCUGUAGUGGGAGUAGGCAGUCCUGCCCUGUAACCUGAUUCCAAGUCAUGCAACCAUUCUCAUUGUAACAUUUGCCAGUGGGGCACAACAUCUUCGCAACAUACCCUGAAACACAGAAAAACUUAAGUAAGUAGAUCGGUGACUCUUAACCAUAGGGCCGAGGCCCAUGGUUGAGCUGCAAGCGCCCCCCUAGAAGGCGGCUAGAGGUUUUUUUGUUUUACUCCUCUGAGCCUCGAGGGCCGCGGGAUGCUCAGUUUUAAUGGACUCGCCACAUAUGAUGGCAGCAGUGUGUUAUUUAAUUGACUUGACUGCUGCAAAUUUAUGAUAGUUACCAACUAUGAAGAAGUUCUUGAAAAGGAAUAUGAUAAAGAAAGUGAUGGCACCCCCAACAGUAAAACCUAAAAUUAAUUAAAACAUUUUAUGGCGAUACUUUCAUUUACACUUCACUUAUCUUCUUUUGAGUUUAUGUAAAAAAAAAAGAAAAUAUUUUAUGACAACUAGGCAGACUGUUUUAUUUUAGUUAUUUUAUUCAGAAUUGGAUUCAUGACUUUUACCAAUUUUCUCAACAGUUUGCAUCGAAGGUAUUUUUUUCUAUGAUGAACAUGACUUGCACCUGGUUCUGCUGCUGCUUGGACUUUUCAAUGACAAAUAUCUAUGCAGUGAUCACAUGGUUUCAUGUCAUUUCACAAGGUUUUGAUUUGUUCACAUCUGUGGUUAUUGAACACAAAUGCAAUCAGUAAUUCUGAAAUUAGAAAACAGUAAUAAUAAUAAAUCAGUUACAUUCCUUGAAUGGGCCCCGGACCCAUUUGUUCUGGAAAAGGUGGGCCCUGAGAUCAAAAUGGUUAAGAACCGCUGCAUUGGAUGACACAUAUCAGAGACAGAACACAACAGUGUUCUCCACCUUCUCUGAGUGGUGGAUCCGCUCGUGGACAGCCAUUUUAGGGUUAAUAACUGUCAGUUUCAUUUCUAGACAUCAGAACCAGAGCAGGGUUGAGUUCUGGAACCACAGGAAAGGAGCGCAGAUGCAGAGCUAAGCAUGAAUGCAUUCAUGUCUCCCCUCCUCGUGAUGUGAUCAGCCACAUCUGAGUGAAUUUGGGGGGAUUCACGUGGCUGACUGUGGUAAUUGCUGCUUCUCCACACUGAAAUUAAAGACGGCCACGAUGUCAGUGGGAAGUGAUCUGAAGGUAAAACGAGGAAGUUGCUGACCUGCAUUUUGACCUCAGACCUCAGUGAGAGUAAAGCAUGUCUUUCUAAUGUUGAAUUAUCUUUACGCUGUACUGUGAAUGAUGCCUUAAUGUUUUAAACUGCAGUUUUCUCAAAAUCUCCAGCAGAUAGCGCCAAUAGACCACUGUGAUUUGGUGGUUUCAGUUUCAGUGAGCUAUGAGUAAACAAUAUUAUCUAGUGUUCAUUUGAUGAAACUUGGAUUUGAUCGGGUCUACUUGAGUUAUUAUGUAGUUAUUACUGUGCAAGAAACCAAUCAGUCUGAGGAAAGGUGGAUUGUAUGAAAAUGUGAAUGGAUUAAAGGAAAGAAAUAGUGCUGGAGUGUGGUGAAAAAUCAAAAAGAAAUGUAAUAAAAGAAUAGUAUGACAGUACAGUACAGGAAAUGUGCAACAAAAAUUCAAAACAUCCAUUGUGUAGGAACACAGGUGCACACAU